AUGACAGGCCAAGUGGGAAAUUUGAAAUGGUCAAGAAUAGAGAAACGUAAUGCUUCUCCAUCUGGGCUCAUAGAUGAUUAUUGUAGGAGAAGGGGAAUUAAAGGUCUGAAGGUUUUUUACAAUGGAAAGCGCAUUACCAGAAAACAUAGUGUAGCUAAGCGUGGAGAUCAAAAAGUCUCCAAGAUUUCCAUAUCAAUUGUCUGUGUUGUAUGGCUAGCUGCUGGAGUCUGUUUCUUUAUAGCUUUGCCUUGGCCACUCGUGGCUGUGGCUAAUCUCUAUCUUCAAGCAAUGAAGGAGCAUGAGAAGAUAAGUAAGGAGGCAGAGAAGAUCGUAAAUCUAUCAAAGGAAGAAGAGAAAGGUUAA